CAAACGGUCGCAACCUCACCCUCACUUCACUUUACUAACCAACAGCCACCACCACAUACCCUUCUGAAACCUCACCCACACCAAACUCCAGAACCAGCCUCCGUUAUCAAUGGCGAUGAUAUCUACAUAUUGCCCACAUUUCAACGGACUUCGCCGAUCAUCUCCCAAGCUCGACAGUUCUCAAUCUCAAUCUUUCCUUCAACACAUCAACUCUCAGCUUCGCCUUGCUUCGUCUCGUAAACCUUGCAGAGCUGUUACUGCCAUGGCCGGUUCCGGAAAGUUCUUUGUUGGGGGUAACUGGAAAUGUAAUGGAACAAAAGACUCCAUCACAAAGCUUGUUUCUGACUUGAACAGCACAAAGUUGGAGACUGAUGUUGAUGUUGUUGUGUCACCUCCCUUUGUUUAUCUCGAUCAAGUGACAGCUUCAUUAACCGGUCGAAUUGAGGUAUCUGCUCAGAACUCUUGGAUUGGGAAAGGUGGGGCUUUUACCGGAGAAAUCAGUGUGGAGCAAUUGAAAGAUAUUGGCUGCAAGUGGGUCAUUCUCGGACAUUCUGAACGCAGACAUAUUAUUGGUGAAGAUGAUCAGUUUAUAGGAAAGAAAGCUGCUUACGCUUUGAACGAGGGUCUCGGAGUAAUAGCUUGUAUUGGUGAAUUACUAGAAGAAAGAGAAGCAGGCAAAACUUUCGAUGUAUGUUUCCAGCAACUGAAGGCUUUUGCUGAUGUUGUACCCAGUUGGGACAAUAUAGUUAUUGCUUAUGAACCUGUAUGGGCCAUCGGGACCGGCAAAGUUGCUACACCCCAACAAGCUCAGGAAGUGCAUGUAGCUGUCCGUGAUUGGCUUAAAAAGAAUGUGUCCGAGGAAGUUGCAUCUAAAACACGUAUCAUAUAUGGAGGGUCUGUUAAUGGAAGCAACUGUGCUGAGCUUGCAAAGCAGGAAGAUAUCGACGGGUUUCUCGUAGGUGGCGCUUCCUUGAAGGGGCCGGAAUUUGCUACAAUUGUCAACUCCGUAACAUCCAAAAAGGUGGCUGCCUAAAUAUAUAUGAAGCUGAUUGAAAGUAAGAAAUAAAGGACCUAAAUGAAGAAGCUAUUUGAGGUUGAAGCUUCACGUGACAUAUUUAGUGUUAUAUACCCCAUGGAGUUUUUUGAUUACUUAUUGAGUUCCAUUUUCCCGGAAAAUGAUAGGAAAAAAAGAAUUGUGGUGUUGUGAAAUAAGUUGAAAUUCUCGUUGUAACACUUUCUAAAUGAUCCAUGGAAACAAAUCGAGGUUGUAACCUAAACACGACCAUAUACUUGAACUUCUUCUGCAGUUGGAAAGGUUUGCACAUUUUCAUCA